AGCUAGCUGCGCUCUCUCGUUUGUCUGAUACAGAAGACUGCCACCUCCAUCUCUCUCUCUCUCCACCGCACCUUUCCGCCCCCAAAUGGCGAAGCUUCGUAAGUCCCUCGUCGCCGGCGGAUGGCUCAACCUUCCAUCCCGCCUCCGGCCAUGACUGAGUUUGGGGGCCUCCUCCUUGCUCUUUCCUCUCCUCUUAUCGAUCUGCUGCUUCUAGCCUCCUUUAGGUUUGUUCUGUGGUCGCGGCGCCGAUGAACAGCUACGAGGCGGCGCUUGGGAGCCCUCGCCCUUUCACGGAGGCUCAGUGGCAAGAGCUGGAGCACCAGGCGUUGAUCUUGAAGUAUCUGAUAGCAGGCAUGCCCGUGCCGCCGGAGCUCAUCGUUCCCAUUCGGAGAAGCUUCGAGGCUUUGGCCGGACGAUAUUACCACCCUUCUCUGAGUUACUAUUCCUACUAUGGAAAGAAACCAGACCCAGAACCAGGGCGGUGUCGUCGAACUGAUGGAAAGAAGUGGCGCUGCUCUAAGGAUGCAUAUCCUGGCUCCAAGUAUUGUGAGCGUCACAUGCACCGUGGUCGCAACCGUUCAAGAAAGCCUGUGGAAUCACAAACUGUCUCCCAAACUCAGAAUACCUCAUCAACUUUGACAUCCCUUUCUCCCUCCAGUAACAAUGCAAGUGGGAGUGGUCUCAGGAACCUUCAGAACACCACCAUGCAUUCGACUGCUGGUCCAGUUACUCAUAGUCCAUGCAUCAGUAUUACCAGCUCAACUCAGCUGCCAUUGGGCACUGGCACCGUGAGUAAUAGGUACUUUGCUGGUCUUAGAGCUGAUGUGGAUGAACACAGCCUCUUUCCAGAAGCCUCUGACAGUGCAAGGGUCCCUGGGGUGGACUUAUCGGCUGACAACUCAUGGCAGUCGACGCGGUUGACAUCACGGUCAUCCACAUUUUCUCUGUCAAAAGUGCAGGAUUCUUCUCUUCUGCAGAAUGCGUACCCUCAACUUCAGUCACUGCAAAAUAUUGGCCAAGUUACCCUCCCCUCACUAUCUCGACAACGCCAGGUUCAUUCUUUAUUUGGAAGUGAUUUCAGUUUAACAGAGUCUGCAAAACACGAGACUCAGUCCCUCAGACCCUCUUUUGAAGAAUGGCCCAAAGCAAGGGAUUCUUGGCCAGACCUGGAGGAAGGUAGAUCAAACCGGGCCUCAUUUUCCACGACCCAGCUCUCCAUGUCAUUUCCAAUGACCUCACCCAACUUCACCAGCAUCUCUUCCAGAUCACCUAAUGAAGAUUGAGAGGGAGGGAAUCUUGAACACCUCCAGUCCACUGAAUCUACGAAGAACAUCUGUUUGGUAUUAUCUGAGAUUUUAAGCAGUGUAAUCAACCAUACACUUGACCUGGGAACUCUUAUUCUGUGCUAUUAUCUUGCACCGUAAUAUUCCGGGAAACUGGGUGCAAGAAAUUUUGUAACUAGCUAGUUAGACAGUUAUUCACUUUCAAGCUUGUUUCUGAGAAUUAAACCCAAUGGUGCCUUUUUUA